GCGUUGCACCGAACUCCUCCUGCACAGCCCGUGGAGGAUUCGCAGUGCCCCUUGAGCAUCCCUUGAGCAUCUUCUCGAGUCCCCCAUGUCUUUGCAGAGCUCCGCGUGUUGCGCAUUGCUACCCUAACCUUCGUUCUUGACGCGUCCGCAGCGCUAGCAUGAAAUUCGCGAAGGAGAUCGAGCGCGAUCUUGUGCCUGAAUGGCGACUCAAGUAUCUCCACUAUAAGCUCGGGAAAAAGAAACUCAAAGCCAUCAGCCGCGCACUUCGGAACGUGAACCAGACACCACGCCUUCGCCGACGUGGCACGAACACUCUGCCCGGCCCUCCCAACGUCGCCCCGAGAUACUCCUUUCUGAAUCGCGACAACUUCGGACGUGAUGCGAACGACGCGAACGACGCGAACGACGCGAACGGCCCGACCGACGUGCCAGACGCCAGCCAAAGUCGUUCGAUCAGACCCAAUGGCAGCCGCAGCCGCACGUACUCGUCCCACCUGCCACGCACACCGGAGGAGACACCCUUGGCGCACGGCGAAGACGGAUACAAUGGGCUGGGCGCAAGCUAUGGCAGCUUUGUGGGCAGCCCACCAGGCGGGAAGGAUGCCAGCUCGGAGAGAGGGCGACCACCGCCCUCUUUGCAACUGCCGGGCGCUGCAUUGGACCCUGAGCAUGCCUCGCCGGGCGUGGGUCCUGCAGCAGCGCCUCUCCAAGCGCACAAGACGGUGAAGCUGCCCUCGCCCAGCAACGGCAACGCCUUUGAAGUUGGAAAGACGCGGUCGCCACACAAAAAGCAUGCCUCGCUGCCAGCACGAUACAGAAGCAUCUUCAGUCCGAAGCGCAUGGCCUCAAUGCCCGGUCAUGGCUCGGGUGUGGAGCCUCACCCGCGACCGUUCGUCGAGCGCGUCAUGUCUAUGGGCGCGCAGGAUCCGGAGCCUAGCCCUGGCGAUGUGCCCCUCCAGGCCUACCGCGAGCUCGACUUCCGCCAGGCAGAGUUCUUCCAGUUCCUGGAUUCAGAGCUGGAAAAAGUCGAGCAAUUCUACAAGGAGAAAGAAGACGAGUCUACCAAUCGGUUGAACGUGCUUCGAGACCAGCUACACAUCAUGAGAGAUCGUCGGCUGGACGAGCUCGUCAGGCGUCAGACGGCAAAGCUGAAGCACAAGGCGGCUGAGAAACGCGCUGCGCCCGGCACAGAGGUAGACGGUCAAGCGUACAGCUCCAACGACGAGAAUGCGCAGGAGCACAAGCUGAAAGGCCACCAAAUGAGCCAUUCCUGGCUGAACCCAAUAGACGCGGCGCUCGAGGCAGUCAGCGCAGGAAAGUACGGUAGCAGUACAAAGGCCAUGACCGCGCUGGCAACCCCCUCGGUGUUCAAGCCUAUGCUGAACACCGACGACCGUCGUGACUUUGCCCGUCGGCCAGAGCUGCCGGACGUGCCUUACCAGUCAGCGAAGCGAAAGCUAAAGGUGGCUCUCCAGGAAUACUACCGUGGUCUGGAGUUGCUCAAGUCAUACGCCCUGCUGAACCGCACUGCGUUCCGCAAGAUCAACAAAAAGUACGAUAAGACCGUACAUGCAAGGCCAUCGAUGCGGUACAUGAAUGACAAAGUCAACAAAGCAUGGUUCGUGAACAGCGACGUCAUCGAAGGCCACAUCCGAUCAGUAGAAGAUCUCUAUGCUAGAUACUUCGAACGAGGCAACCACAAAGUCGCUGUCGGCAAGCUUCGCAUCAAGAUUGCACGCGCGGGUGACUACACCGACAACACGUUCCGCAACGGACUUCUCUUGUCUGCAGGCGCCAGCCUGAGCAUUCAAGGCCUUAUCAAAGCAUCCAGUCUAGCCGACGCAUACCAUCCCGACGAUCCCGCGCUGUCUGUCAACACCAGCUACUUGCUACAGAUCUAUGCUGGCUUCUUUCUCAUCAACCUCUUGAUACUUCUCUUCUCUCUCGCCUGUCGUGUAUGGCAUGAACACAAGAUCAACUUCGUCUUUAUCUUCGAAUAUGAUACCCGUCACUUUUUGGACUGGAGGCAGCUUGCUGAGCUGCCCUGUUGGUACUUCCUCUUUCUUGGCCUGACUAUGCAGUUAAACUUUCACCAAGUCGGCGGCGAAGCUUUGUACCUGUACUGGCCGGUCAUCUUGAUUGGUGUCUCUGUUCUUGUGCUCGUCAACCCUAUCAGGGUCUUCUACUACAGGAGUCGAAUGUGGCUGUUGUAUUCUUUGUGGCGUCUUCUCCUUGCCGGUAUCUAUCCUGUCGAAUGGCGAGACUUCUACCUCGGCGACAUGUUUUGCUCGCUCACGUACAGUAUGAGUAACAUGGCAUUGUUCUUCUGUCUCUACGCUCGCUUCUGGGACGAUCCUGCCCAAUGCAACUCAUCACAUUUGCGCACGAUGGGCUUCCUCUCCUGCUUGCCAGGCAUCUGGCGUGCCCUGCAAUGUAUACGCAGAUACUGGGAUACAGGCAACAAGUUCCCUCACCUUCUCAACUGUGGCAAAUACUUUGCAACUAUCAUCUAUUACAUGACGUUGAGCAUCUAUCGCAUCAACAAGACCGGUCCGAACAAGGCGGCAUUCGUUACUUUCGCUAUCAUCAACGCCAUCUACACAAGCUUCUGGGAUAUCUACUACGAUUGGAGUCUUGGUGAUCCUCACGCAAGGCAUCCAUUCCUGCGCAAAGAGCUUGGCUAUAAGAAGGUAUGGUGGUACUACACAGCUAUGGUGAUUGAUCCGAUCUUGCGGUUCAACUGGGUCCUUUAUAUCGUUGAUCCGCUCCAACUGCAGCACUCAGCCAAGACUUCAUUUGUUGCUGCACUUGGCGAGAUCUUCAGAAGAGGCAUAUGGUCGGUAUUCCGCGUGGAGAACGAACACUGCACAAAUGUCGGUCGCUUCCGAGCGAGUCGAGACGUUCCUCUACCCUACGAAAUCCCAUCGAGUCCUGAGACCCAAUUGCGCGCUGCGGAUCAACGGGGUGACAGGGUCGAUGAGGAGCAGCCAGCCCGAAAGCGCAAGUCUGCUACCGCACCGCCGAACGGUCUGACCCCAACGACUUCCGCAACUGGAGCAGAUCUCGAACGCUCUCGCUCAUCUGCAAGGCAGCGUCGCGGUUUCCCGCAGGCCGAAGGCGAGAUUCGCCCUUCACCUUUGCAGCGCGCCUUUACACACGUUGGUGAUAUCUUCCGCGACGCGCACGCUCAGGACUUCGAGCGUAAGAAGAAGCCUGAGCUUGGUCGCGAUCCGCGCGAUGAUAAGAUGGAUGAUGGCGAGUCGACCGACGAGUCGGACAACGAAGAGGGUCAGGAUGAGAAUUCGGGCAACGUGACUGGCGGCGACGAGGGUAACGAUAGCGAGAAGAGCGAUGAUAAAGUUGUGGACCAUGUGGAGGAAGAUGCGAUCUCGAGGGUUAGGGAAGACCUAGCGGUUGGCAUGAGCGGUGCUGGUGAAGGGUCGUCGGGUUACUGAGUAGGCUGGCAGCUUCCUAACUUCAUCCUCACUACCGCAAGGUCAGCGCGCGGAAGCUUCGACACAGCAUGAGCAAGAAGCCGGAUAUUAUUGAAUACCAGCG